AUGUACUUUACAAUACAUUCAAUUGGAUCAAUGAAAAUUUGUAUACUUUUUAAAAGUUUUAUUGAUUUCACAAUUAUAUGUAAUAACAUUAAUAUGGUUACAUGUACCAAAAAUACUAUUAUGUUUAAUAAUGGACUUUCUAUACCACUUGUUGGUUUAGGAACUUGGUUAAGUAAACCUGGUGAGGUAAAAAAUGCUGUAUUUGAAGCACUUAAACUUGGAUAUAGACAUAUUGACUGUGCUAGAGUUUACCAAAAUCAAAAAGAAGUUGGUGAGGCUUUAAAAGAGGCAUUUGACAAAGAAAUUGUUAAGAGAGAAGACAUUUUUAUAACAACUAAAAUUUGGAAUACCUGUCAUUCUGCUAAAAAAGCAAAGGAAUGUUUAAACAAAAGUUUACAAGAACUUGGUCUUAAUUAUGUUGAUUUAGCUCUUAUACAUUGGCCUCAUGGUUAUAUGGAAGAAACAACUGAAUUUUUUCCAUUUAAUGAAGAAAAAACGAAAAUUCAUUACUCCAAUAUUGAUUUUAUUGAGACAUGGGAAGCAUUACAAGAUAUGGUAGCUGAAAAUAUGACUAAAAGUAUUGGACUUUCAAAUUUUAAUCCACAACAAAUUCAAAGAGUUUUAGAUAUUGCUAAAAUUAAACCUGUUGUUAAUCAAGUUGAAAUGCAUGUUUAUUUUCAACAAAAAGAACUUCAAAAAUUUUGUAAGGAAAAUAAUAUUAUUCUUACUGCAUACAGUCCAUUAUCAAAUCCAGCAAGUCCUCUUCGUAAACCUGAUGAAAAAACAAUCUUCGAGGAUGAAACAUUAAAGAAGAUUGCCGCAAAACAUUCUAAAACAAUAGCUCAAGUUGCUCUUAGAUAUUUAGUACAACUUGAUGUUGUUGUUGUUCCCAAAUCAGUAUCUUCUAAUAGAAUAGCUGAGAAUUUUGAUAUUUUUAAUUUUUCACUUGAUAAGGAUGAUAUGAAAGAAAUAGAAAAUUUAGACUGUGGAAAACGUUAUCUUUGUAUUAAAGGGCGUGAUGGUGACCAUAUUUAUUUUCCUUGGUAA